AUGCGGCUCCUAAACGUACAUACUUUUGAAUUGGAGACGUUCUUCGACAACAUCCCGCAAUAUGCCAUCCUUUCUCACUGCUGGGAAGAUGAAGAAGUCGUGUUCUCCGAUCUAGAUGAUCUAGAACAGGCUAGAAAGAAGGGAGGCUUUGCGAAAGUCCAAAAGACUUGCGAAGUUGCUAUUGAGGAUGGACUCAAAUGGGUGUGGAUCGAUACAUGCUGUAUUGACAAAAGCAGUAGCGCUGAGCUCUCCGAGGCUAUCAACAGCAUGUUUGCAUGGUACAAGGACUGUAAUCGAUGUUAUGCUUAUCUCGCCGAUGUGGAACUCCGGGGCGCUGGCAAACCGAUCCAACUCAGCAAGUGGUUCACACGUGCUUGGACGUUACAAGAAUUGCUUGCUCCUAGUAACCACCAGACGUAUAGCACAGCUCCAGGCAUGAAAUUCUAUUCCCACGACUGGCAACUUCUUGGGAAUAAGAUCAACAUUGGCCCGCAGAUAUCUGAAAUCACAGGAAUCCCCAUAGAGUAUCUAGAGGGUCAGAGCUUGGACACCGCAAGCAUCAGUAUGCGGAUGUCAUGGGCUGCAUAUAGAAAGGCAACAAGAUCCGAGGAUAUCGCCUAUUCUCUUCUUGGAAUCUUCGACGUAAACAUGCCAUUGCUGUAUGGAGAAGGAAAACACAAAGCAUUCAGGAGAUUGCAGGAGGAGAUCAUGAAGAUUUCUGAAGACGAGACGCUUUUUGCUUGGGAAGUUUCAGACGGAACGGAGAUGAAUGAGUUGACCGCAGACGUGCUCGCCGUUAAUCCGAACGACUUUCGAGAAACACGAGAUCUGAUACCAUUCGCCUCGGAUGAUCCUGUGGCUCCUUAUGCUAUGACACACAGGGGUCUACGUAUAUCCCAAACGCUCUUCCACACUCACCAGCUCGACGAGAAUGAACGCAAGAAAAUUCGACCGCUUCGCUCACCAGUUAUGAUCUGGUUGAGUCAUGACAUCUCUUGGGGAAUUUUAAGAUGUCACGUUGUUCACGACUUUCAGCAUUUCGUGAUCGUUCCAUUGCGACACCUGUCUGGUGAUGUUUAUCUCCGAGACGUCAGUACAAGUGUAUCUUUGAUCCCUUUUGGAUCGGUGCCAUCUACUGCAUUCUCUAGGGAAAUCUACAUCCGGAAUGCUCUUACGUCAACUAUUCAGAGAGGUCUCCAGCGUCGAUGGGGUUUUCUCGUUCGCAGCCAUACAGAAGGCGUCGAGAUACGACAAUGCUAUCCGAAAGAAGCUUGGAACACGAAAGACAAUAUUUUACAGGGCAAGUUCGACGACGCUGAAGCUUCAUCCUGGCAUGCGGCACUGGAUUUGAGCUACACUACAGUGACGAAAUCGGGUCAGAUUGUGAAGUCCUUAAUGCAUUUGGCCCUUGGGUGCAAGUACGAUGAAGUCGCGAAGAAGCCCAAAGCAUGGUGCCAUAUUGAAGGCGCGUCUUCGCCAUAUAGUGGCGGAUAUCUACAACAAUUUCAUCGCGAAGCAUCGUCUAGGCUCGCACGAACAUCGAUUUCGAUGUUCCAUAUGGAUCAGACGACUGGGUUCCAGUCUUGGCAUAGUCUCGAGGUCACCAUCACUCCAGCAAAGGUUCUGUCGCAAGACAUGUUCGUUGUAGACUUUCAAUACGCGGAGCUCCAGGACCCAAUAGAUACAGGCGCACGUAGCUCUCAUCGACAACUGGCACCUCCCAGUACGUCAAUUCCCACGAUGUAUCCUGGACCCGCUUUUCACGACCUUCCGGAGCGGGUUAAAACAGUGCCCAAGAUCAAAAUCAUUGAGCCAUAG